AUGACGCGAUCAGAAACAAAACUGCCGACAGUUGAUCGCAUUGUCACAAGUGUACCUUCUCCUCCGAGCAAAUUAAUGCCUUCAAGUACGGUGUUCGAUUCUAAGGGUCGUCCUCAACUGGAUGUAAUUGGACCACAUUUAAUUUCUGAAGGACGACUGACAGAAGAAGCAAUACUAAGAAUUAUUAAUGAUUGUUCAGCCAUUUUAAAAUCAGAAAAAACUAUGCUUGAAUUAGAAGCUCCAAUUACAAUUUGCGGUGAUAUACAUGGUCAAUUUUAUGAUCUAAUGAAACUUUUCGAAGUUGGUGGUCCUCCUGAAACAACACGUUAUCUAUUUCUUGGAGAUUAUGUUGACAGAGGUUAUUUUAGCUUAGAGUGUGUAAUCUACUUGUUUAGUUUGAAAAUUCUACAUCCACGCAGUCUGUUUCUUCUACGUGGUAAUCAUGAAUGUCGUCAUUUAACACAAUAUUUUACAUUCCGACAAGAAUGUAUCAUGAAGAGUACGGAACAUGUUUAUGAGGCUUGUAUGGAAGCAUUUGACCUUUUACCAUUAGCUGCAUUGAUCAAUCAACAAUUUCUAUGCGUACAUGGUGGGCUAUCACCUGAAUUGCAUACAUUAAAUGAUAUACGUAAGUUGGAUCGAUUUAAAGAACCACCAGCAUUUGGUGCAAUGUGUGAUUUAUUAUGGGCUGAUCCAUGUGAAGAUUUUGGUCAAGAAAGAAAUUCGGAACAUUUCAGUCAUAAUACAGUUCGUGGAUGUUCAUAUUUCUACAGCUUUAAUGCAUGUUGUCAUUUUUUACAAGCUAAUAAUUUACUGUCUAUUAUACGAGCUCAUGAAGCACAAGAUGCCGGUUAUCGAAUGUACAGAAAAAGUCGACAAACUGGAUUUCCUGCUUUAAUUACAAUUUUCUCAGCACCAAAUUACUUAGAUGUGUAUAAUAAUAAAGCUGCUAUAUUAAAAUAUGAAAAUAAUGUAAUGAAUAUACGUCAGUUUAACUGUUCACCACAUCCAUAUUGGCUACCGAAUUUCAUGGAUGUAUUUACAUGGUCAUUACCAUUUGUUGGUGAAAAAGUUACCGAAAUGUUGGUCAAUGUACUUAAUAUAUGUUCAGAUGAUGAACUACUAUCGGACACACCAGAAGAUGAAUCACAAAUCACAGCGCGUAAAGAUGUUAUCAGAAAUAAAAUUCGAGCAAUUGGUAAAAUGGCUCGUGUAUUCACUGUGUUAAGAGAGGAGAGUGAAACUAUACUUGAACUCAAAGGACUUACUCCAACUGGUAUGCUUCCAUUAGGAGCAUUAGCCGGUGGUCGAGAAGCUAUCAAAGCUGUUUCUGGAACAUGGACACCACAUAAAAUUCAAUGUUUUGAAGAAGCAAAAGCAUUUGACAAAGUCAAUGAACGAAUGCCACCACAUUUAGAUAUGAAUUCUAAACGAUGUUGGCCAUAUUCUUCCACGACAUCAAUAAAUACAAAUGAUGAACAAGAAAUUAAAUUGUCUGAUUCACAUAUUAUCAUUAAUCGUGACCCAAUUGUAGACGAUGAUAAUGAUUCUCUACUUACAGUUGGCUCACAAAAAUCAAUGCCAAGACCACCAUCGAUUUGUGAAGAACACUCAUCUGAUGACGAUAAUGUUGGUGAUGAUGAUACUGAAGUCAAAAAUGAUAGGAGAAAGCUCAGACAACAAAUCGAUACUGUUAAUGAUCUCAAAUCAACAAAAUUAACUAAUCAACUUGAUACAAUCAACACAUCAAAUGAUCCCAAGCAGUCGACUAGUUCUGUUGAUUCAACAAAAUCAAAUAAAAAUGAUUUAAGCAAUACUACUAAAACUCCUAGUACUACUACUAUUGGUGGUAGUAGUAGUAGUAGUAGCAGCAGUUCAACAUUACAAAGCAGAACAAUUAUAAGGACAAUAACACCUAAUAAAUCGAAAAAUGACAACCUAUAAUCAUCAGUGCUUCCGUAGGAACAUUCAAUCUAUCCAUGUCUAUUAUGACUUGAUCUGAAAAUUCGUAUUUUACAACUAACUAACUAAGCGAAUAAUCAAAUAGAUAUAUAAUCUAUAAAUAUACAUAUAUUUAGAUAUUAUGCAAUUCAUUUCCUUUAUUUUUCUUCAUGGUUGGUUGUGUUGUUGUCUUUUUCCCUUUGGUCAGUUGUUGUUACGGUUGUUUGUCCGUUUAAUUAUCAUAGUGACUUUUCUCUUUGUUUCUUUCCUCAUUUGUGUUGAUCUCUCUCUCCUUCUCGACUACUUUGUGUACAUUUCCUCUACGUGUAUUUUUGGGAUGGGGUUUUUGAAUUUCAACAUAAAAUCAUCAAUAUGAUAGUAUUACAUGUUUGCCACCGCUUCUAUUCACUCCUAGCUGAAAUAUAUUUGAAAAUGGACAUUCACGUGGAAACAUAGUGACAUUAUAGUCAUAGUAUGUGAAUGAUUGAUUAACCAAAUACACUGUAAAUAUAUACUACAUUCUUGGUAAUAAUAAUAGUAAUAUGUGCACCUAUAUCAAAAGAAAUUUAUAUUUAUAUAUUGAGGACCAAAAAACUAUUCAAUUUAUGUUCUGAUAAAAAGUGAAAUUAUACACAGAAUAUACCAAGACACGGUCAAAUAAACCUUUUUAGAUUUUGCUCUCUAUUUCUUACAAGCUGCGUUACUUUUUUCUAUUGAUCUACCUUUCUCCGAUCUUAUAGUUGGUUAUUCUCUCUUUCUCGCGCACGCGCCCCAUUCGACCUGUCAACUGUUAUUUUCCUUUUAAAAUAGAUAACUAUUAAAUAAUCAGCACAUUUAUAAUCUAUGAGAAUAAUAAUGAAGUGCUCAUCUAUUGUCUCUUUGUUUGCCUGUUGUGUCUAUUUGUCUCUGCUCUAUGUGUGUGUGUGUGUUUGUGCCUGGGUAUAUGUCGUGUUCGACGUCAAAUAUGGCGUGGAAUUUUCGUUUUUUUUUGUAAUUAACGCGUUUUCUUCCAUUUUUAACAUGAUUCUUGUCGCUUGCUAUUUUCUUCUUCUAAAUUUCUAAACAAAAUUAGAUUUUUUGUUUGGUCUUGUUUAUUAUUUCUACACAUGCACAUUUAAUAAUAAUAAUAAUAUCCAUCUUACAAAAUCAUGGUCUACAUGAAUGUAAAACAAGAAUUGCACAGUAACUAAGCAACAACAACAAAAAAAUUCAAACUAAACAAAGAAUGAUUCAUUUAUUUUCCAUGUUUCAAAAUUUAUUUUUUAAUUUUACAAAAUUGGUAAUUGAGGGGUGGAGGGUUAAAUUUAUUAUUAAAUUAUUAUUUUCUUAAAAUAUGGGAUAUACAGUAAUAUUGUGUUUAUUAUUGUUGUUGGCGAUCAAUACUUUGUCCAAUUUUAUUUUUGUUUCUAUUAUUGAUUGGUUUACUUUUAUUUUGAUAAUAUAUUGACGAUAAUGAUUAUUAACUGUAUCCUCAAUUCGAUCAGUAUUAAUUAAAAUGCAUAUGGUAAUAGUUUCCAAGUGUUCUUGUUUAGUCACCUUUCAUUUCGGAUUUGUAUAUGAAUGUAUGUUUUUCCUUAAUCUUUUUGUUCGAUUACUUUUUUUCAAGCUAUUUAAUUAGAUAGACUAAAAUCGGAGUUAUGAAUCGUCCAUAUCCCUUUUUUAAAAUGUUUUCUUCUGUCAUGUGUUACUAUGUUCAUUGUUUAUGUUUUAAAUUAUUGACACUCAAGUUGUCAAUGAAUUUUUAACAUAUAUUCAUGUACAUCCAGGUUGGCAAAGUAUCUUCUGUUUUUCUUGAUGUGUACAGUGUCAUUUAUACUGUGUUAAAUGAAAAUUCACAUGACUCACUUGUCUUUUUGUAUGUAUGUGUAUAUGCUAAUGUGAAGGUAUAUAGAUUUUCUUUUGCUUUUCCCGUUAACCACAAUCAUGGUUUGUUUUCUUCAUUAUUAUGAUUUUAGUGUCCAACUCUCAUCAUGACCUAUUGUUUUCAGUUUUUGCAUACAUGUUGUCACUGCAUAUAUAUACUACCGGUUAAUGAGGUUGGUGAUGUGUUUUUUUUGCUGUCGAUCUCUUUCUUUCUUUCUGUGUAUCUUUGUAAGUAUCGUCAAAUGUUUAGGAUAACAUUGUGACUCGAAUUUUCUUUCUUACACUAUGUAAUGUAAGCAUAAUGAUGAUAACAAUAACUAUGAAUGUAUGACUCAAUAAAACUCUCUAGUUUUUAUUCAUCCUAUUUAUUCAUAUUAAUUGAUACUGCUCUAUUUUACUCAUUUACAUCUUUAAUUUAUCUCCUAUUUCCUCAAUAUCAUUACUAUCUGUUUAUUAUUUGGUUAAUUAUUUUACAAGGGACAUAUUGAUAACAUAAACUAAACAAAGAACUAACAUACACAUACAGAAUGAAAGAUAAAAAUGAAAUUCGAUAUGAUAACAGAAUGAAACUGGCAUUAAGUUUAUACAUAUAUAAAGUAAUGAAGAACGAUGCAUUAUGAUUAACCUUUUUUUUUCUAGUAUACAACUACUUGUUACUACAUAUAUAUGUAAUUGAACUUGUAUAUGAUCAGAUUAACUUUUGUCUCGUUUUUAUUGUUUACAGUCCUUGAUUUGUUCGAUUCUCUUUUUUUUUAUUCUGUCGAAUUUGACUAAUAUCUACACAUCAGUACUAGUUACAUCCUACAUCCGCCAUCCUUAAUCACCUCCAAUAUUGUUAAUAUCAAGUAAAUAUUUCCUCUCCUGUGACCGUGUAGUUCUUCUUUUUUCAUUCUACUACUUUAUAUUCAGUAGAAGGAAACUGAGUACACAAUCGUCUCUUGGAAGUAGGUGUACGUGUGUUUGUAUCGGGUUUUGAUAUUUCACUUUUGUAGAGAUUAGUCAAUGAAGUUUCCUAAUAAAAUACUUCAUAAAUAUAUUUUACUAUAUUGUCUUUUUUUCCCCUUCAACAUGUACCGCAUCUGAUCGUAGCUUCCAAUUAGUUUGGUGACACAUCAUUUUUCUACUUUGUUCCAUUUUAAGUUUUCUGUAUCAUCUUUCGAUUACACUAAAACUACAAUUACUGCUGUUCUCUUGCUGAUAAUAAAUCAAAAUUACAAAUGAGUACUUUCUUUUAAAGAAAAGUUGUGCUCGUCUGUUUACUCUGUUUUUAGUAAAUGAAACAUCUAUCAAAUGGUUUUUUUUCUUUUGUCUACUUUUCAUAUACACAGAGAUGAUGAUUUACCUAAUUGUUUUGCUUUCUCAUACAUAUGGUCUUUUUCCCUCUAUUCCAUAAAUCAUUUUAAAAAAAAUAUUAUUACAAUUACCAUUUGUAUUUACCGGGUGUUUUUCCUUGUCUUCACAACCACCUCCUUGUUGUUGUUCGCCUUGAACUCAUUUUAUGUUUUCCUUUGAAUUACAGUUAACCUUCGGUUGAAUUUUAAUAAUAAAAAUGAAAUAUUACUAGUUGUUUUCCAAACAUAACUCACUUGCAUACAUAUACUCAUGUAUGUAUAUGUAAAUGUAUGUAUGUAUGUGUGUGUGUGGGUGCAUGUGUGGAUACUUACCUCAACAAAUAAAUAAAUGAAUUUUCGGAUUUAUAGACAAA